CGAUGUGACGCCAUUGCGAAAGAUGUAUGCUCAAUUAGCCAAUGUGACUGCUCCCACCUUUCGACGAACUCUUUCAAGCUUCAAAAGAAACUCGACAUGGAUCUGCACAUCGUGUCAAGCUCAUAGCAUCCGCAACCGACGAUAUAUAUCGACGCAACUAUCUCCCGAGAAGCCCUACUACAUCACCACGCCGAUAUUCUACGUGAACGCCGCCCCUCAUGUCGGACAUUUAUAUACCAUGGUCCUUACGGACAUUGUCAAGCGAUGGCAUGUCUUGAAGGGGGAAACUGCGCUAUUAUGUACGGGAACAGACGAGCAUGGGUUGAAGGUUCAAAGGGCAGCUUCAAAGGCUGGAGUCGAGCCCAAACUCUUCUGUGACAAAGGCGCAGAGAUCUUCAAAGAACUUGCGCGAAAGGCAGAGAUCACGAAUGAUCACUUCGUGCGGACCACGGAUAGGGAGCAUAAAGACGCUGUAGAAUAUGCAUGGUUUUUGCUGCAGGAGAAGGGUCUCAUCUACGAGCAGCAGCAUGAGGGAUGGUACUCUGUCACAGAUGAAUGCUUUUACCCACAAUCUGGUGUACGACCCUACCUCGACCCGCCCACAGGAAGAAAGAUGAUGACAUCGAUAGAAACGGGGAGCGAGGUUGAAUGGUCUUCCGAAGAGAAUUACCACUUCCGUCUCUCAGCAUUUCGCGACCACUUGCUAGAGUUCUACAACGCAAAUCCCGAAUGGAUAACCCCCCAAAACCGCAUGAAAGAUGUUGUGCGCGCCGUAGAGUCUGGACUGGAAGAUUUGUCAAUAUCUAGGCCAUCCGACCGUCUCACAUGGGGUGUCCCAGUUCCGGGAGAUGACUCGCAAACAAUCUAUGUCUGGCUUGAUGCCCUCAUGAACUACGCUUCAAAGGCAGGCUAUCCUUGGGCUCCCGGCCGUGAGCAUGCAGGAGGCUGGCCGGCAGAUUGCCACGUGAUUGGCAAAGAUAUUGUUCGGUUCCAUUGCAUCUACUGGCCAGCAUUCCUUAUGGCACUUGGUCUUCCGCUUCCUAAGAAGAUCCUUACUCAUGCGCACUGGACACUUGGAGGGUCCAAGAUGUCCAAGUCGACUGGUCGCGUCGUAGAUCCCUUCCAUGCGCUUGAUAGGUUUGGAUCGGAUGUCAUGCGUUUUUACAUGGCUCACGAUGGCGGCAUACAGGACGACUCGAGUUACGACAACUUUCGCAUUCUUGAGUUAUACAACAAGUUCUUAAACAAGCAGUUGGGUAACCUUGCGUCUCGCGUCACUAGAGGCAAGAAAUGGAGUGUGCGGGGAGCAGUUGAACGUAUCGGUGACAGGACAAGGGAAAACUGGCAAGACGGUCCAGGUUCCAAGUUCUAUAACAACAGUCUUAGCACAAUUGCGUCGAACAUAAAUGCUUCAUUCGAUGCAUACGAUCCUCGAAAAGCGGCAUUCCAGAUUACAGAAUUCGUGCGAUCAGCGAACCAGUUCUUCCAGUUGUCUCAACCCUGGGACAAGAUUAUCCCAUUCGGCCCAGGCGAGCCCGGCGAGGACGUGGACAAGAUCAUAUACCUUGGGGCUGAAGCACUUCGCAUAACUGGUAUUUUGCUACUACCGUACAUGCCGAACAAGGCGAGUACAUUGCUUGAUCAACUUGGCGUUCACAACGAUCGCAGGACAUUCGAUUACUGCGAACCUGGAGCUGAUCUGGAUUAUGGAGAGCCAAUGGUCGAGCUGGGUGUGGCACACAAGGGUACACUAUUCCCGCCUUUACCGAGCGAAGGGUGAUUGAGCAUGUAUGUUGUUGUUGUUGUUGUAGCAUAUGUAAAGUAGCAUAGGGCGCUGUAGAAUACCAAUACGUCUUAAACAGUACAUUCAAUUCAGAAGGAACCGGAAACAAUCAUAUCUUAUGUAUGAAGACCAAAACCGCUCAGGCAGACUCAACAAUGGAACG